UACCGACGAGAAUAUAUAAACAAUAUCUCUCUUUCUGUUAUAUGUUAUUGAUUAAGUUAUAUUAGAAUAUAAAAUUGUACAGCUUAAGAAGAUGAAAUUUAGAUGCAGAAUGAUAGACCUUACAGCUAUGCGAGAUUUUACUAAUAUUGUCACUAUCAUUUCAAAGAUAUCAAAACAAUGUAUCUUACGAUUAACUAUGGACGAAAUUUCUUUCAAUAUCGGUUAUGAUAAUAUACCCGUUUUAUGGGCAGAAUUAUCUCAAAGUCAUUUUUUUACUGAAUAUAUCAUGAGUGGCGUUUCUGAAGAACAAAAUGAAAUUUAUUUAGAAUUUGAAUCGUCAAUGCUCGCUAGGAGUUUAAGUUCUCUUCGUUUACAGUCAAAGAGUGUAAAAAUUAAAUUAACAAAUAAACUACAACCUUGUCUAACGUUUGAAAUUGAAUUAUCAUCUUCGAACGUGGAAUCAAGACAAUGUGUUCACGAUGUGCCAGUAAGAGUUGUGCCACGAAAAGAAUGGACUGCUUACAAAGUUCCUGAUAUACCAGAAUUUGAUAUAUCCAUAGAUAUGCCACAACUUAAAUAUUUACGUAAUAUCGUAGAAAGAAUGAAAAACAUGAGUUCACAUUUAACAUUAACAGCCGAUAAAACUGGUAUGUUCAUAUUAAGAGUAGAAACCGAUAGUGCGAAUGUGUCGACACACUUUCAAGGAUUACAGGUUUGGUCUAGUGGUCAAACUGAAGACAAUUUUGCAAUAUCUGCUACGAUAGAUGUGAAAAAAUUGUUAACCUUUUUAUCUUGGGACAUUGUUCAUCCCAAUUCCGUAAGAUGUAAUAUAUUGGAAAAUAAAAUAGUGAAUUUAUUUUUAGAUUUAGCAGGAUAUUUGAAAGUUCGCUAUUUUGUUCCUGCGAUUGCGAUAUAAAAAUUAAUUAAUUAAAUUAUAUAAGGUAUGAAAUAAAAAGUAUAUUUAUUUUACUUUUUUUUUU